AUUCCUUUCAUCAUCGAUGUAUGCAAAUUUUAUGGAACGAAAUCUAUCAUUUUUUUACACGCCAAAUCGAUGAAAGACAUGGAAAUGACCACGAUGCUGUUAAAAUGGACACGUGCCCUUUCUCGCGAAGGUUUCACAACCACCAAUUUGUAUUUUUCAGAAUUGCACAAAUCAUCGUAUUACGUUAAGCAAAUCUUACGACCGCAUUACAUCGCAAUAAUUACUAAUUACGACUCAAUUAAUGAGUUUUCUUUAGCAACUAGUACAUUUGAUAUGUCUUAUCCGAUAUGGCUUGUGAUAUUUUUCUACGAAGGUCACGGGUUAGAUUAUUGUCACAGUCCACCUGGUAAUAUUUUUCAUUUAACAUUCAAUACGGAAAUGUUGGUUCGUUGCGGUACGGAAAAUACUUUAAGCGAAUGGUAUUCUCUCGAUACCAAUCAAACCGAUAUCGAUUAUUUAGCUACAUGGAAUUCGGAUGAAGGAUUCGUUCAAAGAGUUUCAGGUUCUCUUUACGAAAGAAGAAACAAUUUACGAGGUUCAAUAAUAAGAGUAGUUACUGUUAAGGAAUCACAAUUCAUAAAUCUAAAUGAAGAUAACGAAUUGGACGGUAUAUUUGGUAUAUUAUUUAAAGAACUUAGCGUGGCUCUGAAUUUUAGUUAUAUUAUCUCGGAAGUAAGCGGACAUGGAAGUUGGAAUAAACAGGAGAAUAGCUGGAAUGAAGCCCUGAACAAAAUCAUUUCAGGACAUGCCGAUAUUUCUCUUGCUGAUUUUUCUAUGACCAGUGUUAGAAUGAAUAAUUUUGAUUUUUCCUUGCCUAUUAUAAUAGGGGAAAAUAAUCUUUUCUUUCGAGAACCAGAAAAAUUUACGAUUAAAUGGUCAUCUUAUUUUCGAAGUUCGAAGGAUCCACAAGCAAAGGAAAUAAUGAAGCUUAUGAUAGAAAAGGAAAAUUUACCGAUAAAUUUAAUCGAUGGAUUUAGAAAAAUUUGUGAUAAUCAUAAAUUAACACUCUACUCUUACUACGAUAUGAAAAGAGAUAUAUAUUUUAAAAUGCCUUGCAAUGUGAAUUAUAUUAAAACUGGAAUUUUGGAAAAUUUAGCUUUCAUCUUAUCCAAAAAUUAUCCCUUUACGGGUGUCAUUAAUGCUCA